UCACAUAUCAGUUUUCACACUAAAGAUGUGAGAAGAGCUAUCAGGAAGAACUCGUGCAAAGGCUACACACGCACGCGUGCAUGCAGAUAACCAGAAAGCAUCGGAGGACCUGACUUCACAUCUUCAGAGUUACAGGAAAGACCUUAUGAUGAGCCAAAUGGAUGGGUUUCAUGUGACAAUUCGAACCUCCGCAACACCUCUCUCAGGAACUUAUGGCAUCGUUUGGAUCUCUCUGAUUGGCACUCAUUGCGAGACCCCUCCAGUCAGCGUGAAUCCAGAUCAACACCGUCUCCUGCCCGGCUCUGCCUAUACCAUUGUCAUCAAGCCUACAGACGAAGUUGGCCAAGUGGUUUUACUGAAACUCCGUCUUGAGGCUCACCCUGGCUUUCCGGACCUGAAUUGGCACUGCCAGGAUAUUCAGGUCAGGCAUUCUGAAGAUUCCAACAUAGAAGUAUUCCCAUGCAAUAAAUGGAUUCGGAGUGAAGAUGGUUACAUUGAGCUUCGGAAUGACAAAGUGUGUCUAAAAAAGGAGGAAACAUUGCCAAUCCUGACAGCUCACAGGGAAAGGGCUCUUCAGAAUAAACAGCAACACAUCAGGUGGGCCACAUUUGUUGAAGGGGGCCCUCAUUGUGUGGACAUGUCCAGUUCUGCCCUAGAUCCCAACAUGAGAUAUGUCCGUCAACGACCAGUCAACAAUGUGCACUAUCUAAAAGGUUUUGCUGCAAAUGGAACAUCUUGGAAAAGUUUCCAGGAACUUGAGACAUUCUUCCUGUUUAAUGGAGGAGAUAACCCAAUUGCCAGAUAUGUUCAGGCCCAUUGGAAAGAGGAUGCAUUCUUUGGAUAUCAAUGCAUCAAUGGUUCCAAUCCUCUGUAUAUCAAACAGAUCCACAGCCUACCACCUAACCUGGCUGUCACUUCAAAGAUGGUCAAGACUUUUCUGCCACAGGGGUCGACCCUGAAGCACGAGAUGGAGAGUGGACAUGUUUAUCUUCUGGAUUUCGAGAUUUUGGAUCAUUUGCCUGCUAAUACUGUCAAUGGCAAGCAGACGUACAUGACUGCACCUUUAUGUCUUCUCCAUUAUGACCAACAAGGAGAGCUUAAGCCAAUUGCCAUACAGCUUCAACAGGCUCCUGGUCCACAAAAUCCUGUUUUCUUACCUUCCGAUCCUGCACCAGAUUGGUUGUUAGCAAAGAUGUGGGUGCGUAAUUCCGAUGUCCUGGUCCAUCAGCUGCUUUCUCACUUCUUGCGCACUCAUCUUUUAGGAGAGAUGUGCUGUACCGCCACGCUCCGACAGCUGCCAGAGAUUCAUCCACUGCACCAGCUUCUGAUGCCACACUUGCAAAGCACUCUUCAGAUCAACAUUCAGGCUAGAGAAACUCUUCUGGCCAAAAAUGGUGUUUUUGACAAGGCUAUGGCUUGCGGUUUGGAUGCGGUAGCCAUGCUGGUUGCAAGAGCAACGCAGCGUCUGCGCUACAGUGCCAUGUGCGUGCCAGAUGACCUGAGAUCCCGUGGACUGGAUACUCUCCCAACCUGCUAUUAUGCACAAGAUGCUCUCAGGGUUUGGGACGCUUUAUAUAGGUUUGUUGAGGGCUGGAUUAAUUUGUAUUACUGUGAUGAUGAGAAAGUCCAACAGGACUGUGAGGUACAGAACUGGAUCAGAGAGAUCUUCAUGGAAGGAUUCCUCGGCCUCACUCACACAGAAAUCCCACCGUCAUUUCAAACUACUGCUGAAUUGUGCAAGUUUAUCACGAUGAUGAUCUUCUCCAGUUCAGCGCUUCACUCAGCUGUGAACUUCUCUCAGCUGGAUUACAACCUUUGGAUACCUAACAGUCCAGGUGUCAUGUUACGCCCCCCUCCUCAGACCAAAGGCUUAUUAUCUGAGGAUGAGCUUCUAUCUUUCCUUCCUGAGGUUAACACCACUUGCAGCAUUCUUACUGUCUUGACCAUGCUGUCAAAGCUUGCCAUUGACUAUGUGCCUUUGUGCCACUAUAAGGAGUGGUACUUUAGCAGUGGUGCCACCCUCAGGCUUGUGGAGAAGGUACAGAGAGAGCUGAAGAAGAUAGCAAAAGACAUUAAAAAAAGAAACAGCCAGCUGGAGUUACCCUACGUUUACCUGUCACCAGAUCGCAUUGAGAACAGUGUGACUAUCUGAGUUCAUUAGUUAAAGAUGUACCAAAAGGGUUUUCUAAGUAACUUGUUACAUCACUAAAGCCUGGUGUUUAUUUACCAAUGCACACUUAAUAUUGCAGUUUCAGGCUAUUUUUAAAUGUUUGAAAAAUGUGGGUUUGUUGAUUUUUGUAGGUUGUAAACAACAUGUAAAUUCAAGAUUUUUAUUUGUUACAUACACAGUUAUGUACAUUGAAGGUGCAUUGUGUAACUUUCAAAAGGAUCUCUUGACAGAAAUGCAAUAUAUUAUACAUAACUAUACAACAGCGCUGCAACAAAAAAGGUCUGCAACAAAAAAGGUUAAACAGAAACAUUGAUGCGUUGAACACCCUGUUCUGAUGAGUGAUGACGCAAGAGUUGCAACUACGGUAGCUGAGAAGGCCAUUCUUUGUUCUUUUUGAAAUGUUUCUCAAGCCUAAUAAAAUUGUUAUAAAUAUGUGUUUAAUACUGUAAAAUACGCUCGAUGUUAAAGUCACCGACCUUGCCAUCCAGAAUAAAAUAAAAUAUUUCAACUUGGA